AUGUCUUCGCUGGUGGAGGUGGUAUCUACGCGAGCAUCAAAGGCUCCAGGAUGGGAAUAUGUCUCUGCUGCGCGGUUUGAAGCCCCUGUCAGCGGGCGCAGGGAGACUGGCGGGAGGAAACGGACUGCAAGGGAAAUUGGAGGAGACACCAGCACCGCGAGAUCUGACCUGAGUGCGAGGCAAAGGGGUGUUAUUGCUAAGCAUUUAGAAGCCCUCGAUAAAGAGAAUCAUUCAGACGUUUCGAUUCCCGUCCCACCGAGACGUCAAAGGGAGCAUACAGUCAAAGGCGUAAGAAGCAAAACGUCAUCUAACACACGAAAGAUUAUUACUUCGGGGAAACAGUUCAAGAACUAUCUUGCGGCUGAAGAGCCUGCCACCUUAGCACUCUCCGCCUCCUCUACAACAACUGCAACUACUUUGAGCCAGCGCACGAAUAUAGCCAGACAACCCGAUACUCCUGCCCCUCAAGCAGACACCAACGCCAGCAGACCGCUCCUCCAGGUACCAGAUCAACCUUCCGGUCUAAUCGUGUCUGAAUAUGACAAUGAUCCGCUUCUACGAUCCUAUAUCCCAACAGCGCCCUCCGAACGCAUCAUGAUGGCUCUCGUUUCGGAACCUCCAUUGUCAUAUCAUGCCUCUCGUGCUACCUUGCCUCCUGAUUCUCGUCCUUCGAGACAUUUCUGCAGUAUAUGUGGUUACUGGGGCAAAGUAAAAUGCAUCAAGUGCCAGGCAAGGAUUUGUGGCUUGGAAUGCUCAAGAAUUCAUUUGGAGACAAGAUGUGACCGGUUCUAUGCAUGA